AUGUACAUACAAUAUAGACUAUUCAGUGAGCACUCCUUAUGGAGAGUAUUAGAAAUAAACAAAAGUGAGAAUUAUAUUUUGGUUAGCGAGCUAAAAAAUAUAAUAAGAAAACAAAGUAAUAUAAAUUAUAAUAACAAAAUUGACAUAUACUUUUCAUUAUACCAAAAUGAAGAUGAAGAGGAUAUAAAUAAGAAAACGCGAAAUAUUUCAAAAGAAAUAAAAUAUUUAGAUGUGGAUGAUAAAAUAUAUAAUGGGAAUAAAAUACUUGUACAUAGAGAUGUGAAAAAAAAAAGUACUGUUCAUGAUAUAACACAUAUAGCUAAAAAAGAAAUAAUAUUAGAUGUUGAAGAGAAACAAAAAGUAAAUUUACCAAAUGAAUUUUUAUGUAAAAUAUGUAAUUAUAUGUUAAUAGAGUCCUAUAUUAUAGUGUGUAAUAAUAAUUGUGGUUAUUCAGUUUGUAAAAGUUGUAUAUUAUUUUAUAUAUUUAGUUGUAUAAUUAAAGAAGAUGAAAAAAAAAAAAAUUAUAUUGAUAUGUCUUUAGUAAAAAAUGAUGAAAAUAUAAUAAAAUGCCCUAUUUGUAAAGGAGUAUUAAAAUAUUGUAUUGUAAAUAAAAAAAUGGAACUAACUUUAAAAAAAUUACAAGAUGAACGAAAUGAUAUAGAUUCGUUUAAUUUUAUUAUUCAAGAAAGAAAUAAUAAAUUUGGAAAAAUAAUUGAAAAAAUGAAAAUACAGAAUUUUGAUUAUUCAAGUAUAGAAAACCGUACCAAUGAUGGCACAAAUAUUAACACAUUAUUUAAUAACCAUAUUUUUAAAACGAUUGAAGAAAAAUAUAUAUACUCAACUAAUAAUAAUAAUAAUAAAAUAAAUGAACAAAUAAAAAUUGAAGAAAAAACAAUUUUAAAUCAUUUUAUGUACUUAAUGGAUAGUAAUAAAUUAAAUUCAAUGAAAGAAUAUCAAAUGGUUUAUAUAGAUUUUGAUAGUUGUAUAUUUGAUACUAUACAAAAAAUGAAUAUAAAAAAUAUUUCUGAGCAUAUAAAUGGAAGUCAAUCACUACAAGAUAUAUUAGACCCAGACGAAAGAGGGAAUACUAUGCCUAAUAUAGCUUAUGCUUCUGGAGGUACAAACAAAAUAGAUAAUAAAAGGUUAGAUCCUAUAAAAUAUGGGAAAAAUGAAAAUAUGAAUAAUAAUCCAUAUAGUGGAGUUACUACUGAUCAAAAUAAUGGGCAAGAAGAAAUAGAUGAAAAAUUAUAUACUAAAAAUAAAACAUAUAUUAUUCCUAUAUCGUUUGUUGGUGGAGAGACUUCAUAUUCUUUAAUUGGUGUUUUUUAUAUUAGUGAUUUAGUUACUUCGUUUAAUAAUGGAAAUUCUAGAAAUCGAAAUGAAAAAGAUUUGAAUAAUAAAAUAGAAAAUUUCAUGAUGAAAUGGCAUGCAAAUGAGAGUGGUGGAAAUAAUAUCAAUAAAGAAAAUAUUAUGAGCAAACUAAAAAAUGGAGAUAUAUAUAAGGUAGAAUAUGUGAAUAAAUAUGAAAAGACAUGUUUAAUUCCAGUAAGGAAACAGCCAUUAUAUAAUAUUGUAAAUACAAAAAGAAAUAAAACAAAAAAAAAAACAAAUAUCGAAAUUGUGCUUGAGUUUAAAAAAUUUAUGGAAGUAGUUUUAACUGUUGAUAAUUAUAUUAGGUAUGGUAGUAGACCAAAUAAUUAUGAAAUAAAAAAGGUGACUACAUCGACAGGGGAUGAUAUAUCUGGGGAUAUUGGAAUGGUUGGUGGGUUAAAUAUUCCAUUUAAUAAUAUGGAUGAAAAUGAAAAAAAAAAUAUGAACGUUCAGAAAAAUAAGGAAAUACAAGAUAUUUCAUAUAUGAUUGGAAAUAAUCAAGAUAUGAAUUCUCAAAUAAAUUAUGAAGGGAUUUUACAGCCUAAUUAUUCGUCUGAAAAUAUUUAUAUUUUAACAAAACAUAGUGAAUUUCAAGAAAUAUACGAAAUCUUAUAUAGUACAAAAGUUGCCCCAGUUUCUAUACAAAAUAAUUUUAAUAUAAAUAAUCCUUAUGCUGAUUAUUGUGCUAUACUUCCUUUUUUAACAAAAGAAGAAUUUUUAUUUUUUAGAAAAUUACAACGUAUUUAUAAAGAAAAAUACUUGAAAAGGUUGUACAAGCAUGUUAAGGAAAACAAUUUGAAUAUAAACAUCUUUUCGAAUGCGGUUAAUUCGAUAUUCUUUUCGACAAUUAGGUAG